AAUAAAAAAUAUGUUGGUAAUAUACAAGUUGAGUGUGUUGAUGAUAUUAAUUUUGCCUCUGUAGAAUUAUUACGUAAUGAAAGAACAAAUUCACUUGGUGCGUUAACAUAUAAUAAAGCUACAACUAAUCUUAUAUAUGAUAGUAAUAAUUAUGGUAAUAAUACAAUAACAUUUUGCAAUAAUGAUAGAAAUAAAUUUAUGAAUAUGAAACUUUUAAGAAAAAUUGUAACACCUGAUAAUGAAAAUGGUAGACCAUUAUUAAUUUCAUUAUGUUAA